UUUGUCUGUCAUACAGAAAUGACAUGCAUCUGAAUUUAGAGACUUUUCCAAGUUUAACAAAAAAUGUAUUUAUGAUGCCUCAAGAAGAAGAAGAAGAAUAAACUCCAUAUAGGGGCGACAGUGACAUGAACCCUCUCAAGGGAAACUGAAAAAUUGGGAGAAGACUAUUAACAAAUGCUACAAUGUGUAUACUUUAUCUUAUACAGUUCAUAUUACCAGCAUACUUUAUAUUAUACUUAGUAUACCUUUAGUAUAAAGAUGCAACCUGAAACAAAAGCAAUCAAACUGAAACACUGAUGAUCAAGACCUAGCUUACAAUAAAUACACACAACUUGAUGAAAUGUAUACAUGCUUUGUGAUUGAAGGAAUUUGCCAGUGAUUGAUUGGCUGACUGAUUGAUGCAAACUGUUUACAGGAACCAUUCAUCAGCAGUGAUUAACUUGUAUUGUUACUGCCGUGUUUAUUGUCAUCCAGAGAGAUACAAUUUAUUUGUUCCUUUGAUGACAGACAAGAUCAGGCCUUCAAUCUGCCCUGCAGCACUGUCUUUAAAAUGGAGGAGCCUGGCCACCUCUCAUUUAACGUUGGGGACAGCAAACAAACCAGAGGAAAGGAGGGACAUCAUUGUGACCUGUUUUACUUACCAGUUUUUCCAAUUCAGGCACAUUUCCCAUCAUGGGUAGCUCAGUGUCCACUGGCUUCAUCACUCCUACUCCCAAGAAACUGUCCUGGAGGUGUCCGAAAGAGGACACGGUCAAGCUGGAGGACGUCUUGACACAACGAGAGGAGGCUCUCUGGAGAUUUAAAGCAAAGCAGAGUUUAUCUGUGAAAAAGAUCCAGCUCACUCGCAGCAUCCGUUACGUGGACCUCGGUCUCCAAGAGAGCGACAGCUUUUAUCCAAAUGGGGGCGAAAUGCUGAACCCUGCUUUUGUUGGAGAUCAAGCCUCAUGAAUGACUGAAUUCGCUGCGGGCAAUUACUUCUUCAACUCAGCAAGAAGACACUGUCGAGUUGCGAUGUUUGAAGGGAAAACUGCAAACAGCCCCUGUAAUGCUACUGCAACACGCGAGGUCUUCACCACAAGACUGUGGGUGUGAAACUAUUUGACUAGGAAGCGAGACAUCGGCGCACAUUUAAAAUGAUCAUCUUUUUUUUUGGUGUGAAAUUAAGUGGAUUCUUUUUUUUCUGCAGGGGAGUGAUCUUGACGGACCAAUUGCAUGUGAUGUAAAAAAAGCUUUUAGAGUUUCGGAUAAUUACAAUUUGAGCAAAUAUCAAACUGAGCGAGGCUGAGCUGUGCAAAGGCAAUCUCAACAUUUCUGCAUCUGUGAAACACACAAAGGUGUCAGGUCUGACCCCCAGACGGCGAGAUGGAUUCUGUCAAACGGUCUAUGUUUUUAGUGUGCCUUUGCUUUAAAGUCACUCAAACGGAAGCCUCAUCUUGGACAAUUAAGGUGCCAUCCUCAGUUAAAGGUCUGCCUGGAUCCUGUGUGGUGAUCCCCUGCUCGUUUAACUACCCAGAUCCAGACAAGACGAUCACUGAGGUCACGGGGAUGUGGUCCAAGGCGCCACAUCAGCUCAUCUAUCACCCAGACAAGUCGAAAAGGAUGCAGCAGUAUCGGAAUCGGACUGAGCUGCUGGGAGACGUCAGACACAAGAACUGUUCACUGAAGAUUGAUCCCCUUGAACAAAGUGACCGAGGGCCUUUUCAUUUCAGGAUUGAAAUGGCAAACUAUGACAUGUUUUCCUACAGAGAGAACGCUGUCUCCAUUACAAUGAUUACGGAACUAGAUCCCAUCCGUUUCUCAGUGAAGAAGGAGGUAACGGAGGGUCAAACCGUGUCUGCGUCCUGCUCUGUGUCUCACUCCUGCCCCACUUCAUCACCUGUCUUCACCUGGAGUCUCCCUGGAGAAGCACAGUUUCAAUCACAGCAGCUGGACGAUGGCCAGUGGACAGCGACAUCCACUCUGAACUUUCACCCGAACAGCACUGACCACAACAAGUGUUUAGAAUGCACCGUGACAUACAAGGGAGGGCAGCACCACAAAGCAUACACGGUCCUCACAGUAAAACACGCCCCAGUGAAUGUGAAUAUUGAGCACAAGUCCGAUGUGAAGGAGGGAGAAGCUGUGCGACUAAGAUGCUCCAGUGACGCUCACCCUCCUGCCAGCAGCUAUCAGUGGCACAAUGAAACUGGUGCUCAACUGCAUCAAGGGAAAGUCUUCACGCUGCCAAAUGUCUCCAGACACACAGGAGCCCUGUUCUGUACUGCCAUUAAUGCAGUGGGACAAGGCAAAUCAAAUCCUCUGCGGCUCAAUGUGUUGUAUGCGCCUGAGAUUAAGACGGUCUCUUCCUGCUCCUCAGAGGGGGAUAUGGUGAAGUGCGUGUGCAUUGCUGAGGCUCAGCCUGCCAGUAUGGUCCAUUUUGUGCUUUCUGACCGAGUGCUGCCGAGCAUCAAGGUGGAGAAACAUGGCUCCGUUACGAUCGGGACUCUGAAGGCAGAUCUUGGAUCUUAUUGGGUUGUUUACUGUCUGGCAAACAACACGCUUGGCAAAGCCAACCUAACACUUGCUUUACCUGUUAACAGUAAGAAGCAGAAUCUUUAUAUUGUCAUCGCUUCUGGAGCAGGCGGGAUUUUGGUGAUGCUUUUAAUAACAGUGAGAGUUUUUAGAAAAUGCAGGGGGAGAUCUGAGGAUGCACUAACACCUCCCAUCAGCAGCACGAAGGCAGACAAAGAUGUGGUGCUCCCUCAGUGUGCAACUAAAAGAAAAGAGAAGAACUACGAUGAUGUACAUUGCGCUGGCAUUUAUUCCAACGAUCCUGUAUAUGGCAACAUGGAGAGUGACUGGGAUGACGCAAUCUAUGGCAAUAUGUAACUUAAAUGAAUUGGAGGAACAGAUGCAGUCCCGCUGUUGUCCAACUGAUGUAAGAAGCAGAAUCUUUAUAUUGUCAUCGCUUCUGGAGCAGGCGGGAUUUUGGUGAUGCUUUUAAUAACAGUGAGAGUUUUUAGAAAAUG